AUAUGAUUUUACAUUUUUAAUGAAGAAUCAAGUCAGUUGUCAGUUAAUAGAAUUUUUAAGGUGCUUUAAAAUAACUGAAGAAAAAUUGUUAUAUAAGGUGCUGAAGCAAAUAACUGGGAAAGUUUUAUUAGAAUUCAAAGUGCUUAUUUGGAAACCAAGGAACGAUGAUAAAGAUAAAAAAGCUAAGUUACAUAAUAAACGCACUGAAGUGGAUGUCAAAGAUGUUGACUGUAAUAUGUUAGAAAGUAAUUGAAAUAAAUAGAAUGAUUUGGCAUUCCAUCGAGGUGGUCAUUGGGCAAAUUUUUAGGUAGAUCAUGACAGUCACCUUUGAAUCUGAGGUCGCAUCAUGGUUUUUAACAAUGAUGUGAUCGUUUAGGUGACAGGUCAACUUGUUCUUUAUAAAAAGUAGUCUUGUUUCAUAAUGCUUAAUUCUUAUAUGUAUUUGUUUAU